UCAGACGCUCGUCCUACGUCAGUACUGUUGUGCUUCUUUGACUUGUAACAGUGUAUCCUGCCAUUUUGCAGACCGCAAUGGGACACAUCAGUUGUCUAUAAUUUCGAAACCAGAUUAACAUCUUUACUUUAAUAUUAGGACGACCGACAUGGAAAUUAUGCCACGACAGGUAUUUUGCCUUUUAUCAGUGAUCCUGAUUAGUUCUCGUGCCAUCCACUGCGCCCAAUGCCCGCCCGGCUGGCUGAAAUGGCAGCAAUCUUGUUACAUCUUACUGACGGACAAGAUGAAUUGGUUUGAGGCAUCGGAGGCUUGCAACCGGCCGGGAAGCAGCCUCUUCGUACCCAACUCGCGGGAAGAAAACGACGUCAUCUGGCAGUCACUUGGGAUACAGACUGGCGGUUUGUGGAUUGGCUGCACGGAUGCAGCCCAAGAGGGUAUCUGGCUUUGCGGAGGUCAACGUAUGACUUUCAGCAGUUGGAAUGGUGGCAAUCCGCACAACGACACCCAGCGCAACUGCGCUCGGAUGACGGUAUACGGUGCCGGGGGCUCUUGGGCCGACGAUGUUCCUUGCGGCCUCAACAACCGCAAACAUGCAGCCUGCGAGAUGACGGUCUCUGCGGUACCAGCCUACCACACCUUCACCGGUCCUGAUGGGCGUGUCCCCCAGCAAUGCCUCCUCCAUCACGACAUCAAGAAUCUGACGGUAGAUGGCGUGCUUGCCUGUGGCUGGGCGUGCCUGGCCGAUCCCCGAUGCCGCUCCUUUAAUCUCUGGCAGAGCAGCAAGAGGGAAAAGAUGUGUCAACUCAAUGACGUCACUCGUCAAGCGGCUGACGGCAACGACUUCAAGGCAACCGAUAACUGUUACUAUUUCGACUUGUAAUAAAUGAUGGAAACUUUACUUUGGAAACUUUGAGUUGGAAAGUAGAUGCCAAUGCUAGUUUUCAAACACCUCGUCACAAUUUUGGUUGAUAUACUAAAGCUGUUAGUUUGUUCGGUUCGGGCACUGCACAAUUUGACGUUUUAUAAAUAAUGACUGCAAGUUCAGUCAUAUCAGUUUCACAUUGCAUUUCAUACAUGAUUGUACACCACACCGUGAUGUGAUUUCUCACGUGCUUCAAUAUCACACGCAUUGAAUAUCAUUAGAACCGUUCUGGUCAUCUCCGUGAGCUAACAUGACUACAGAGCUUGUACGGGUACGGAUACAGUGGAACGCCGCUAUACCGAGCACCGCUGUACCAAACAAUCGGCUAUACCAAACAUCCCUGGCUCCCGGUUUUAAUGUACAAAACGUACCGAACAUUGUUGUUGAAAAAAGUCAACAGAUUAACAAACAAAUGUACUGGAUGUAUUAAAUGCUAUGUGGGUCACUUUUAAUUCCCGAACAUCAAAUGACCCAUAAUUACAUCAUGUUUGAAUGUUGAAGAGCGAAAGAUGCUUAUUAUUUCCCCAGGGAAUACAAGGGAAACCACCCGUUGCAAAAGUUUGUGACAACUCCUCGUGAAGCCCCGGGAUGUGAGAAAUGCCAGUUCACUGCUGGUCAAAAGAGGGUACCGCGCGGUUCAAAAUCACUGUACCGAGCGAUCGUUAUUACGAACACUUUCUGUGGAUCCCGCGAUAUUCGUCACAGCAGCGUUCCACUGUAAUGACAUUUUGUUAGAACAUUGUAUGUCAUCAGUAGAUCUACCAAUAGGCCUACGAAUAGAAAAAUUCUCAUCUUGGAGCUUUGUUAAUUGUUGCUAGCUUUGUGUCCGCGCUAAAAUUCAGCUUAUAGAGAAGAGUAAACAGCUCAAGUAGAAUACACGUCAAGUAAAAUCGUCAGCACAAUUUUUGUGGUGUCAAAGUAGAAAUCUUACCAUUCAACGCGGGUACUCGUCAUUCAAAUCAUCAGAAUUUCCGAUGCAUGGAAUAGAAAUUUGUUCCAAACUGUUAUCGGUACUUCUUCGACUUGUAAAGGGAAUCAACUAAAAUUAUUGAAAAAAAUAUCAAUUCCUUUAUUUCAGGACAGUCAAUAUAAAUGGUUAUAUGUAUAUCUGAAUUGUCAAGUAUGCAGACGAAUGACUUUUUGGUCACUUUCUCAACGUACUGUAAUCUUUAUGGAACUAUAUAGGAGCUGAACAUAAACUUGCACUCAGUCGAACGUCAGCAGAACAGAUAUUAGCAAAGUCCAUCUUUUCUCCUCGGGUUUAGAUUGUAUUCCGAACAUUCUCGCACGUGGAUUUCUAUCGAAAACAUUCUUAACGCCAAAAUCAUGAAACUCGCAGGAGAAUAAUAUUCGAUGUCUUGCGCGUGGUAAUGUGUACCUUUUCAGUCUUGAUGUAAAAACUAUUUUAAACAGUCAAAGAAGUAAUUAGUUAAUAAUUAGAGCAACGCAGUGAGAGAGUUAACGAACAGAAAAAAAUGUUGAAAUAAAUAUACUUACCUUUUAAUUCCUAUUAUUAUUUUUAUUAACAUUUUUAUUUUCCAAGCACAGCAUAUGCACCAAAACAAACAAGGGCGUUUAUAAAAGAGAAGCACUGCCUAAAUUGGGCGAUUCUCUAUUUUUAGGCAAAUAGUACAUAAAAUGCUUAAAGGGAUUUUUAGAAAUAAUGCCAAACCAUCAAGAUUUAGAAGUUGGGGACAAAUGUAACCAGGCUUUUUGUAAACCUUUUCUCCUCACCAAAGAUGCCGCGUGGUGGCGCCCUACUGUUUUUGUGUCGUCUGCUCUUGGUGAGAGGAAGAGUGGUUGUCGUUUGUUGUUUUCAGCUGACGCCUAUUGCUCGUUAGAGAGUUUUGAAAAGGGUGUUCGCAAUAGGGGAAAAUAACAAUGAUACAACAUGAAACCAAAGAGACUUGAUUUCAGCUUUUAUGACAUUUCGGGCCCAUGCUUGCUAUGAUCAUAGGCAAUUGAUUGUCAUGGUGACGGUUCAUUCAUUUCUUUUCCAAGGUUGUAGUGGCGGCGCUUUCAAUCAGCCAAUGCCAACAGAAAAAUCAAUUGGAAAAUCGUUGACAUGAUAAUGUGUCAUAACUUACAUUUAUUCAGUAAUGUACCGGUAAGUCAUAUAAAAAAAUUGUCUCUUUUAUAUUUACGAGACGUUUAUAAUUUAAGACCCAUUAUUUUGUUUAAUAACGGUUUGUGAUUGUUAUCUGAUCCCACGGAAUGAGUUUUAUGAAUUUUGUCUUUUUUUUAAUUUCCCAUUUGUAUGAAAAACAUUGUGCAUUAUUUGUAUGUGCUGGCACAAUGUCACACAUUUAAGCCGUGGUUGGAAACAGAUCGUGCAAAAAAAAAUUAAAAUCCUCCUUAUGUAAGAAAGGGGCACUCGCUCGCAUUAAGUUUUUGGCAGCGUUUGUUGAAUAUUGUGUAUUUGCCCCCCAAAAGGUAUAUUCUGAGUACAUGUAGUAUAAUUUUGAUAUC